UAUUAACAAGCUGGGAAGAAGAAACACACUUCAUUGUUGGCAAGUCCCGAUGCCUGUGGGUGAAGAGUGACUGUGCAGGCUGCUCGGCCAGGGGGGAUCGGCCAACAACAGUGGACUCGUGUGGGUUCUCCCCCUCCUCCAGGAUCCUAUAUGCUGGGGAUCUAUUCCCGGAUCGUCUCCAAUCCUCUGUAAUCAGCGAUCACAAGGGGUGUGCAAUGGCAGACCAUUUAAUGGCAAUGAAUCAUGGCCGGUUUCCAGAUGGAACAAAUGGUCUUCACCACCACCCUGCUCAUCGGAUGGCUAUGGGUCAGUACUCCAACCCACAUCACCACCAGCAGCAGCAGCAACAGCAGCAGCAGCACGCCUUUAACACCCUAAUGGGGGAACAUAUGCACUAUGGUGCAGGGAAUCUGAACUCUAAUAACAGUAUCAGGCAUGCCAUGGUGGCUGGGAAUGUAAACGGAGGGCAUCCUAAUGGCAGCAUGGCACAGACGGCAAGAUUUACCAGUUCACAAUUCAUGGGACCUCCUGUUACGAAUCAAGGAGCUCAGCUUACAGCUAGCAUGCAGCUUCAGAAAUUGAACAAUCAAUAUUUUACGCAUCAUCCGUAUCAACAUAACCACUAUAUGCCGGACUUGCAUCCUGCAAAUCAUCAGAUAAAUGGGACAAGCCAGCAUUUCAGAGACUGCAAUCCAAAGCACAGCUCUGGUAUGCCUCCUUCAGUCAGCCAUGUCCCUGCAGCGAUGCUGCCUCCUAGUGUCAUAGACACGGACUUUAUAGACGAGGAAGUUCUCAUGUCCUUGGUGAUAGAAAUGGGCUUGGAUCGUAUAAAAGAACUACCUGAGCUAUGGCUGGGACAGAAUGAAUUUGAUUUCAUGACAGACUUUGUUUGCAAACAGCCCAACAGAGUAAGCUGCUAGGACCUUAUGAGAUACAAAAAAAGAACUUGGAACAUUCCUCCAUGGACACCGACUCUUGCUUCCAGAAUCCACUAUUAAUCUGUACAGAAUAUAUAAAUAUAUAUAUUUUUGUUUCUUUUGAUUCCCACUUUUUUAUUUCCCUACUGCCUUGUUUUGAGACACUUCCCUGCAAUCGUGUGUUUCAGUCAUUUUUUUUUUUUUUACUCGUCUCCUGUCCAAGUCCGCUAUUUUAUGGUGUUUUGACUCAAGUCCAUUUUUUAUUUUCUUUCUGUUUUUUUGUUUUGUUUUGCUGGACUGCAUCAACGUGAAAUAGAGCUGAUGGUUGCAUGAUCCUUACAGGCAGGAUUGUUACUGCACUAAUGCUGCCAUGUUGCUUCAUUUAAUCUAUGCAUUGCUGUGCACUUUUUUAUUGUAACUGGAAGUUUUAACAGGGGGCCAAGCUUUGGCAGAUCAGGAGACGGUUGUACUGGUAUAAUUGGAUUUAUUUUUUUUCUGCCCCCCUCCCCCUUCCCAAUUUUACCAGUGUUUCACCCAUGUACAGAAAAACAGUGAGGGUGGAAUGUAAUCGGUGUAACAUUUCACAACUGCAUUUCCCCAAAAAUGUUUGACACUGUGCUAAUCUAGUUAAUUUAGUUCAUGGAAGAAUACUACUGUGUUUAAAAGCUUUUUAGGAAAUUUUGACAGUAUUUUUGUACAAAGGAUUUUUUUGAGAAAAUACCUGUUAAUUUAUUCUAUUUUAAUUUGCCAAUGUCAAUAAAGAGCUGCAAAGUGCACCAAUCUAA